AUGGUUGUGCUCGAAGAAGGCGGUAUGUUGACCACUGGACAUAAUCAGUACUUACAACCAGAUUAUCUUUCUCCGCUUCCAACCACGUUGGAUGCGAAGAAAAGUCCGCUAGCUUUGCUCGCUCAAACAUGUAGUCAAAUAGGGGCCGAUUCACCAACAAAGCCGCUGAUUUCUCCACUGGACAAAUCCUCAAAAAGUGGAAUUUCAAGUGGUGCACAUGCACGCUCUCCGCCGGUAGCUAAAUUAGAACGGACACGCAGUAGUCCGUCGGAGCCAAAGCCAUUGGCCUUUAAGCCAUAUGAAACAAAUGUACUUUCUAAUAAAAAAUCAAGUGAUGAUGGUAGACCCACAUCGAAAGCUAGUGUACACAGUGCAAGUGGUAAUGAAAGUUUAAGUGCUAGUGAUAACAAUAAUGUUGAUAAAAAAUCUGGUGGCAAUCGUACACCCCUUGGACGUAAAUCCGCUUCACCAAGUGUAACAAACACCAGUGGUUCCAGCAGUAACAAUGCAUCAUCUUCACCAAUUGAUCGUAAAACACCAGCGCAAGAUUGUGAAAAAUCUGUUUCUCCCCGAAAUAGCAACGGCGCUAGUCCGAUUAUAAGAUCAGGCAUGGAAGUAUUGUCCGGUACUACUGGACAUACUAAAGAAAGUUUAAGUGCUGCCUACAAACACUCAGCAUUAAGUAGUGGUUUUACUAGUGGUAAUCCAUUGUGCUGUCCGCCAGGAUUAACCGAAAAUCCAGCAUUUAGGCCACCGUUUGCUGGUGCUUCACCUUUUUCGCAUCAUCAUGCAGCAGCCGCUGCAGCAUUACUUGGUUAUCCGUCGGCAGCUACUCCUACUGGUAAUCCUUAUUUAAGUUACACUCGAAUAAAAACACCAGCUGGUGGUGAGACACUUGUACCCGUUUGUAAAGACCCCUAUUGUACGGGGUGUCAGUACAGUAUGCACAAUGCCCAAAUGAUGAUGACUGGUGGUCCUUGUCCGAGUGGAUGUACCCAGUGUGAGCAUCAAAAAUACGGCUUAGCAAUGGCACUUUCAUCAUUAGGACCUAUGCCACCACCAUCACUGUCUUACCCCGGAUCGCUAACUAGCGGUAGACCUUACGUUUGUAAUUGGAUCGCCGGCGAAACUUACUGUGGCAAGCGAUUCAACACUUCCGACGAAUUGCUCCAACAUUUGAGGAGUCAUACAAGUUUUAGCGGUGGAAAUGACCAUGCUGUUGCAGCAUCCGCGGCGCUUCUUGCCGCCGGACAACAUUCCCAUCCGCCACAUCCACUUCUUUCGCCGUCGGCUGCGUUACACCGUGCUGCUGCGGGUGGCAGUUAUCCCGCACCACCUUUAAGUCCUCUUAGUGCUCGCUAUCAUCCCUAUGGAAAACCACCCACUGGACCACUACCUGGAUCUCUUGGUGCAUCUCCCUACAGCGCAUUCAAUACUCUCGGUCCUUACUACUCGCCUUACGCUAUUUACGGUCAACGUAUCGGUGCUGCAGUUCAUCCGUAA